AUGAGGCUGCUCGUCCUCCUGAGCCUGCUGUGGGGUCUGGCCGCCAGCCCCCCUGGACCUGCUCGUCCUCCUGGGCCUGCAGCGUGGCCCAAGCCCGUGUUUGGGCGCCUGGCGUCCCCCGGCUUCCCAGGGGACUACGGCAAUGACCAGGAGCAGCGCUGGGCCCUGACGGUGCCCCCUGGGUUCCGCCUGCGUCUCUACUUCACCCACUUCGACCUGGAGCUCUCUCAUCUCUGCGAGUAUGACUUCGUCAAGCUGAGCUCGGGGACCGAGGUGCUGGCCACGUUGUGCGGGCGGGAGAGCACGGACACGGAGCGGGCGCCGGGCAACGACACCUUCUACUCGCACGGAUCCAGCCUGGACGUCACCUUCCGCUCCGACUACUCCAACGAGAAGCUGUUCACGGGCUUCGAGGCCUUCUAUGCGGCGGAAGACAUCGACGAGUGCCAGGUGCCCCCGGGAGCGGCACCCGCCUGUGACCACCACUGCCACAACCACCUGGGCGGCUUCUACUGCUCCUGCCGCGUGGGCUACACGCUUCACCGCAACGGGCACACCUGCUCGGCCCUGUGCUCAGGCCAGGUCCUCACCGAGCGGUCCGGGAUGCUCAGCAGCCCUGAAUACCCGCAGCCGUACCCCAAGCUGUCCAGCUGCACUUACAGCAUCCGCCUGGAGGAGGGCUUCAGCGUCAUCCUGGACUUCGUGGAGACCUUCGACGUGGAGAUGCACCCUGAAGCCCAGUGCCCCUACGACUCCCUCCAGAUUCAAACCGACAAAAAGGAAUAUGGCCCAUUUUGUGGGAAGACGUUGCCCCGUAGAAUUGAAACAAAGAGCAACGUCGUGACCAUCACCUUUGUCACCGAUGAGUCUGGGGACCACACAGGCUGGAAAAUCCACUACACGAGCACAGCGCAGCCGUGCCCUUAUCCGACGGCGCCACCUCAUGGCCGCAUCGCACCCGUGCAAGCCAAAUACGUCCUGAAAGACAGCGUCUCCGUCUUCUGCGAGACUGGCUAUGAGCUUCUGCAAGGUUCUUCGCCGCUGGCAUCAUUUACCGCCGUCUGCGGGAAGGAAGGGUCCUGGGACCAGCCGGUGCCCACGUGCAGCAUUGUGGACUGUGGCCCUCCUGAUGACCUACCCAACGGCCAGGUGGAAUACAUCACAGGUCCUGAUGUGACCACGUACAGAGCUGUGAUCCAAUACAGCUGUCAGGAGACCUUCUACACCAUGAAGACAGAUGACGGUGACUAUGUGUGUGAGGCUGAUGGCUUCUGGACGAGCUCCAAAGGAGAAGCAUCACUCCCAGUCUGCGAGCCUGUCUGUGGAUUAUCUACGCGAGCCACAAGAGGGCGCAUAUACGGAGGGCAAAACGCAAAGCUUGGUGACUUUCCUUGGCAAGUCCUGUUAUUAGGGGACGCUGUAGCAGCAGGUGCACUUUUAUAUGACAACUGGAUCCUGACAGCUGCUCAUGCCGUGUAUGAGCACAAAGACGACGUGUCUGCCCUGGACAUUCGCAUGGGUGCCCUGAGGAGACUGUCACCUGAUUACACACAAGCCUGGGCUGAGGCUGUUUUCAUCCAUGAAGGUUAUACUCAUAAUGCUGGUUUUGACAACGACAUAGCACUGAUUAAAUUGAAGAACAAAGUUGUGAUCAAUAGCAGCAUCAUGCCUAUUUGUCUGCCAACAAAAGCAGCUGAAUCCUUUAUGAGGACAAAUGACAUUGGAACCACAGCUGGAUGGGGAUUAACCCAAAGGGGGUUUCUUGCCAGAAAUCUCAUGUUUGUUGACAUACCAAUUGUUGACCACCAAAAAUGCACCGCAGCCUAUGAGGAGAGGCCCUAUCCAGGGGGAAGGGUGACUGGUAACAUGCUCUGUGCUGGCGUGGAAAGCGGGGGUAGGGACAGCUGCAGAGGCGACAGUGGCGGGGCAUUAGUGUUUCUAGACAAUGAAACACAGAGGUGGUUUGUGGGAGGAAUAGUGUCCUGGGGCUCCAUGAAUUGUGGGGAAGCAGGUCAGUAUGGGGUCUACACAAAGGUCAUUAACUAUAUUCCCUGGAUCGAGACCAUCAUUGAUAACUUUUAGUUUCUGUAUCUUCAAUAAGCAUAUGACUCAUUUUUAGAAAUACCUCUAAGAUCGUAGCAGCAACAUGACCUGAGAAGCACGAACAUGGCAGCUGCCGCUCCACCCAGAAGACAAAACCAAGCUCUCCAGGUGAGCUGCUAUCACUUCUCCACUCGGCAGCUUAAUUCCACACUUACUCACCGAUUCAAGGGGACCUAAACCAGCAUAGUGGUAUUUCUGCCAACCCAAUAGAGACUCACUGCAUAAAUUACAUCUAAUUAUUUAAAAAGAUUUCUGUAAAUUGCCUGUCCAUACUCUUUGCUUAUCUGUUUUUAAACUUGUUCUUACAGCUCUCUGAGUGCUUUGUAUAUUAUAGCGAUAUUGGUUCAAGAAUAACUGUCGAGUCACUCUUUUUUCCGGUAAAUUGGAAACACUGAUACUUCAGCCCAGGUACUGACUUCCAUGUUAAAAACCAAUACCGGCCCCGUGGGUGCCAGAGGCAGGGUCUUGAGUGGGCCAGGCCACUCCCCGAUGCUCUAGCUGCCAGAAAAGGUCCACAGUAUACACUGGAAUGGGAACCAGGCCAGCCUCUGUCUGUUUUCCCCAG